GAUCGUGUCCAAAACAUGCGAGUUCAUUUAAACAUGUGCACUUAAAAUUCCCGUGUUAUGUAAUCUUGUCCAGAAUUGAUAAUUUGAAGACUGAUACUUUGAGCUCCACGCAAACAGAGUGGUGCAUACGUUGACAUUUCCCAUGGAAAACUCAGAUGGAAACAUGGUUGACCCUAGCAAUGGCUACUCCGCCUCAACAAAAACAUUCCACAGUCUCCGGCCGGUGGUCCCCCUGCCGGCGGAAAACACACCUCUCUCCGCCGCAGCUUACUCUCUGUCUCUCCAACGCACCACCACCGCCACCCACCCAACAGCCAUCAUAGACUCCGAAACCGGCCACCGAGUCUCCUACUCCGAGUUCACUCACCUCACUCAAAACCUAGCCUCGUACUUAUCAACUCAGCUCAAGCUCACCAAAGGCCAAACCGCAUUCAUCUUAUCUCCCAACUCUAAAUCAAUUCCAGUCCUCUAUUUCUCUCUCCUCUCUCUCGGCGUCAUCAUCUCUCCCGCGAAUCCAGUCAGCACAGCCGCCGAGAUCUCCCGCCAAAUUCAGUUAUCACGCCCUGUCAUCGCGUUCGCCACGUCGGACACGUCUCACAAGCUCCCCGCUCUAAAGCACCGGACGAUCCUCCUCGACUCGCCCGAGUUCGACUCAAUGAUGCGGUCUCCUCGUAAUUCGAGUUACAAACAAGCAGUCCACGUGGCACAGUCGGAUACGGCCGCCGUGCUCUACUCCUCCGGGACGACGGGGCAGGUCAAAGGAGUGGCGUUGACUCAUCGCAAUUUGAUCGCGAUUACUUGUAGCUACCAGGUGGAUGAGCCGAGGGAGAAUCCUUCGGUGAUCAUGUUAACUGCUCCGUUUUUUCAUGUGAUUGGGUUUUUUUACUGUGUCAAGUCGGUGAGUUUGAGUGAGACGAUGGUGGUUAUGAAGAGAUUUGACAUGAGCAAGAUGUGUAGAGCUGUGCAGGAUUUUAAAAUUACGCAGAUUGUGGGCGCGCCGCCUGUGGUUGUGGCAAUGGUUAAGGAUAGUACGACAGAUGGAUUUGAUCUUGGUUCCUUGGAGAUGGUGGGAUCGGGUGGGGCUCCGUUGGGGAAGGAUAUGAUUGCUGCCUUUAAAGCCAAAUUUCCGGAUAAAGAAUUGUUCCAGGGUUAUGGAAUGACUGAAACAGCUGGAGCCAUCUUUCGAUCUACAAGCCCUGAAGAAAGUUUGCACCGGGGUUCAGUUGGGAAGCUAACAGGACACUGCCAGGCAAGAAUUGUUGAUCCAGAGUCGGGCAAUGCUCUGCCUCCUGGCAAGCUAGGGGAGCUAUGGAUUAGAGGACCCCUAGUAAUGAAAGGUUAUAUUGGUAAUCCUCAGGCAACUUCUGAAACAUUGGUAGGUGAUGGGUGGCUAAGGACUGGUGAUCUUUGUUAUAUCGACAAUGAAGGUUUUCUUUUCGUUGUUGACAGACUAAAGGAAUUAAUCAAGUAUAAGGGGUACCAGGUCCCUCCUGCAGAACUAGAACAAUUGCUUCAGUCUCACCCAGAGAUAGUAGAUGCUGCAGUUAUUCCAUUCCCUGAUGAAGAGGCUGGGGAAGUGCCUAUGGCUUGUGUGGUAAAACGUUCUGAAAGUAGGAUCAAUGAGUCACAAGUGAUGGAUUUUGUUGCGAAGCAGGUUGCACCAUACAAGAAAAUUAGGCGGGUAUCCUUCGUUAAUUCAAUCCCAAAAAGUGCAGCUGGGAAAAUUCUGAGAAAGGAUUUAAGAAAGGCUGCUACAUUAGGAUCUCUAUCCAAGAUGUGAUAUAACUUUUCCACGGUGUAGGGAGAUCCACUUAUAUACUUAGUGAACUUUAACACAACAAACUCUGAAUGGUAUACUUCUUGAUUAAUUCAUCAUGUCAUAUACUUGCAAGACUCGAGUUACUGAAUAACUUGCUCCAUCUGUAUUUGGAGUACCGGUCUGAAAAUUCAGUAAAUUUAUAAGAAUGAAUUCAAGUAUUCUAUAUCUGCUUUGUGCAAGUAAAUCCAUACAGGGUUGUAGUGUCUGUUAGGUCCAACAUAUAGGAAUGGUGUAAUAUAUAAGGGAUCUUGAAUUACAUGUGUAUUUAUGCUGCACUGAACUGUGAAGCAAAAGCAUGCAAGUGCUUUCCCAAGCUAAAAUAACUUCAUCA